AUGAUGAGACGGUCAUAUACGGUAGCUACCAAUGAGGAAAGUAGCGAUAGCAAAAGAUCAUAUCCUAGUCGUCUUCAACGUUGGUCAUCAGCAUUGCGCCGUCGUUGGUUUUCGUUUGCGUCUGCUACAUCACGGAUUGGUCUUGAUACUCAACGAGGUAGCACUGGAUCAGUAGAAGUUUUGCUUCCUGCAGCUGAGCAAACAAUUUUACAAGAAUUGCGCAGCGGUGCGUCGUCAUCUUUCCCUUUAUACUAG